UCGACACGAACAAAAGGAUACUUUGUUAAUAAAACAACUUAGAAAGAAAAAUUCACAAAACAAUCAUUAUUCUCAAAACCAUUAGCGCCAAGUGAAACAUAUGAGGUUGCCGUUUUACCCUCCAAACCAGACUCAAUUUUCAAACCAUACCCCUCUCUCACUCGCUAAGAACUCUUUCUUCUUCUUCCGUGGUUACACCGCAGCAAUCCAUGGAACCACCCGCAGCGAAACACGGCUCCCUGCGGAACAUUGUGGUUUGUCUCUUCUCCUUCGCCGUCCUCAACUUCGCCGCGCGGUUCGCCAUCAUCGUCACCGUCCGUGGCUGAACCUACGACUCCGCCGACUUCUGCUUCUUCUCCGAAAACCUCACUCUCACCGCCCCCUCCCGCAUCUCCGACGCCGGAGAUCCGUUUUCCGGCAAGAACUGGCGCCGCUCCGUCGAACACUACGCCGCUAUCUUCCAGGACCUCAUCGCCGAGGGCUUCCUCUCCCCGAACUCCCGCGCUCCCUGCUUCGACACUCCGGCGAGGACGUCCUCGCGCUGAAAGAGGUCGGCGUCGUCGACUCUGUCGGAAUCUUCAAGAAACCGUCGCCGCCGAUGAUCCUCCACGGCGACGCUCGCCGGCAUCCGUUCUCCGGCGAUGCAUUCGACUUCGAGUUCUCCUGCAACGGCGGCCUGGAGCAGUCCCCGCGGUCGGCGGAGUUCGCCGCCGAGAUCUGCCGCACGCUGCGUCCCGGCGGCUUCGCGGCGGUCCACGUGGCGGUGAGAGACGCUUACAGCUUCGAAUCUUUCCUUGAACUGUUCGAUUGCUUUGAAUUGAUCAGAACUGGAGAAAUCAACAGUGUUGAUUCAUCUCCGGUUCUUGAAAUUUUGAUGAAGAAGAAAAACAAAAACCCUAAUUUCGAAAUCAAAACCCUAAAUAUUAACAAUGUCGUGAAUAAGUGCUACGUCUGAUACAAACGUGAAAUAGUUAAAAAUGCAGAGGCAUUGAUAGAGGAAGAGCCAUUGAAACCAUGGAUUAUACUAAAGAAAAAUGUGGAGAACAUAAAGUACUUAACUUCUUUGGUUGACAUAAGCUUUAAGAAUAGGUAUGUGUAUGUUGAUGUUGGAGCUAGAAGCUAUGGUUCAAACAUUGGAAGUUGGUUUAGGAAACAGUACCCAAAGCAGAGUAGAACCUUUGAGGUUUAUGCAAUUGAGGCUGAUAAAGCAUUUCAUGAAGAGUAUAGGGCAAAGAGAGGGGUCACAUUGUUGCCCUAUGCAGCAUGGGUGAGGAAUGAGACAUUGUUCUUUGAGAUCACCAGAGACCCAAGCAAGAAGGUGAUGAUGAGAGGGAGAGGGAGAGGGAUGGGGAGGAUCAACCCUGUGUAGAC